AUGGAAAAGGCAAAAAAUGUUAGAUGUUUGGAUAGUAAUAAUGUUAAAAAUCUGCUGAUAUUUUUUAAUAGUUUGAUAAUCUUUGCUUAAGUUAUUGAAAAUCUGAUUUAAAGCAGAGGACCAUUUACUUUGACUUGUUUGAUUUUUGUGUUGGUAAUGAUAAUUUAUCAAACACUAUCUUUUUACUAUAAGACAAUAAGAACAUAGUUGAUCAUAUAUUGUUAAUAUUUUAUGAUCACACUAUUUUCUGUAGAAUUACAAAUCGACGCUUUGUUUUUAAUUUUCUAAUAAUUAGCAAUUUUCGACAUAGUUGUUUUCAAUAGAAAUGAAAAAAAAAAAAUAGUUUAAAACGUACUGUUUUUUGGGGCGAUAGUUAUAAAUACAUAUGUUUUCAUUCGAGUUGGAUUUCAUGAUUUACAAUUUACUGAUUUAAUAAAAGCAUUAUGCUAAUCAAUCUUACUGAAAUUAUUAUUGUAUAAUUUCAAAUAAGAAAACAAGGAGCAAGGAGAUUAGAUUAAAGAAAACCAAAAAUUAAACAAUUAAGAAAUGGAGCCUUCAGUGCCUCGAAGCAUCAAUUUAGAAUAUGAAUCAUAAGAUUCUUCUAAACUUUUUAAGACCUUUGAUGUAUUACCAGAAGGAAUAAUAAUACUUGAAAAAAAUACUAAAGAGGAUUUUACAAUUAAAUAUUCAAACUCUGCAGCAAAAUAUCUCAUAGAUGCUGAUGAUUAAGAUUAAUUAUUAUCUGAACUCUUAGAUUUGAAGAGUGUAUCUCCAAAGUAAAAAAGUGAAGAGCAUUUAUACAAAUACUCAUUCAGUAUUCAAUCUUAAUAGAGUGUUAGAAGAAAUAGUUUUAAAGUAAUACCAAAAUAAUAACCAUAUAUUAAGUCAGCAUUUAAGUUUUCUUAGUAAUUUAUAGUAGAGAAUCAAUCGUGUUCGUAAAGAUAAGAAUUUUUAUAAUAGCCUUAAUCUAAUCACGAUUUCUGUUUAUAAUUUCCUCCUGUGCAAAUAAUAUUCCCAGGUUCAUAAAUGAAAACUGAGAAUAUGAAUAAUCCAAAUUCUCCUUCGAUACAUUAUGCAACUUAAAAUAAGAAAUCCUUAGAUGAUAUAGAUUCAUUCCAUUUUCUUUUGAUAUAGAUUUGGAUAUAAUUACAUACAUUAGUUAAAGAAAAGGUGCUUAAUUAUCAAAAUUAACCUCUCUAUUACAUACAUGAGAGUGAUGCCUUCUUAACAAGUAUAAAAAAGUUUUAAAAGAAAUAAUGUUUGGAUUUAAAAGUGUUUAGUGCAAUUCAUUACAAUAAACCAUUGUUGGUUAUAAUCCUUAGAGAUGUAAAUCAUAAGGAUUACAUAAAACUGUUAAAAGAUUAUAACUCAUAAAAAUCUAAGACCUUAUCUUUCGUAAGUCAUGAGUUUCGAACUCCAUUAACAUGUAUAAUUUAAAUGCUUGAAGAAGUUAUUGAAAAUAAAAGCAGUAAUUAAUUUAAUCAGCAUUGGAUAAUUCUAAAUACAUACUAAAUCUUUCAAAUGACUUAUUAGAUUUGGCAUAAAUAAGAGCUGGUAAAUUUAAGAUUCGAAAUACCCUAUUUAAUUUAAAAUCUAUUCUUAGGGAUUGUCUGAAUAUGUUUGAGAUUUAAGCCAUGAAAAAGAAUAUUUAAUUGAAUUAUUAUUAUGAUAAGUCUUUGCCAACAGAAAUAUGGAGUGAUUUAAAUAGAAUCAGAUAGAUUACAGUAAAUUUAAUAGGGAAUGCAUUAAAAUUCACUUUGGAAGGUUCAAUUACUCUCAAAGCUUAUCUUGACAGUCCUAAUGAAAUUUGUAUAGAGGUAAAAGAUACAGGGGUUGGAAUGAGAGAAGAAGACUAACCUAAAUUGUUUAAAGCAUUUGCUAAAAUUGAAAAUAAAGAAGCUAGUUAAAUGAAUGCUUAAGGAGUAGGAUUAGGAUUAUUAAUUAGCAAUUCAAUAGCUACAUAAUUAAAUUCUGAAUAAAGAGGUUUAGGGUUUAGAUCAGUUUAUUAAGAAGGUACAACUUUUUGUUUUUUAGUAACAAAUAAUAAAUCAAAUUACUCAGAUGAAAUAGAAAAUUAUGAAGAUUCAAAAAAAGAAAUAGAUGUAGAUUUAGAGACUAAAUUAAACGAUUUUAGAAGAUAGUCUUAAACUGAAAAGAAAUUUAUUCUCUAAAAAAAUUUCUGUUCUUGUCCUUAAAUUUUAUUAGUUGAAGACAAUCAUUUUAAUGUAGAUUCGUUUUUACUAAAAUUCAAUCGAACGUUUUAAUCUUUAAUAAAACUGGAUUAUACAAUUUCUGGAUAAUUGGCUGAACAAAAAGUUUAAUCAAGAUUUUUAAGAUAAUAACAUAUUUGUCAUCCUUAUAAACUUAUUUUUAUGGAUGUCGAAUUGCCAAUAUAAAAUGGAAUAGUAACAUCCAAAAAUAUAAAGAAUUUCUAUAAAACAAUGAAUGUUCCAAUAACAAUAGUUGGUUGUAGUGGCUAUGCAGAAGAAAAAGAAAAAAGAGAAUGUCUAUAAUAUAUGGAUGAUUAUAUUGUAAAACCAGCUACUAAAUCUGAUUUAGAAAGAAUAAUAAAUACUUACUUUUUUAAAUGA